GCGAGGGCAGAUCCUGUGAUAAAGAAACUCUAAAGACAGGGAGGAGGAGGAAAACUACUGCUCUGCACAAGUUGAUGUUCUCGCAUAGUGUUGAGCACAUUGCUAGGGGCUUCAGGCGGCAGCUCAUCAGAUCAGAAGAAGCUGUCUGACUUGUACCUGUGCGCCGUGUGCAGCUGAUCUCACCUGGGGAAGGAAAGUUGUGCAGCUUCUCGCAGCCUUUUUUUUGGUCCUGAACGUGUAACCUGUUGCUUUCAGGCUGAGGUGACAACAUGCUGAAGCAAGUUGUGUUGUUCAGUCGCUCCUUGGUGCGCAGGAAAGUGGUCGACAUGAACAGCCUGGAGGACUCCAAGCUGUGCCGCUGCCUGGGAACCGUAGACCUCAUCGCCCUGGGGGUGGGCAGCACCCUGGGUGCUGGCGUCUACGUGUUGGCCGGAGAGGUGGCCAAGGGAAACUCCGGCCCCAGCAUCGUCAUCUCCUUCCUCAUCGCUGCCUUGGCCUCCGUCAUGGCGGGCCUAUGCUAUGCCGAGUUUGGGGCCCGUGUCCCUAAGACCGGCUCUGCGUAUCUCUACAGUUAUGUGACGGUAGGGGAGAUCUGGGCCUUUAUUACAGGCUGGAACUUAAUCCUAUCGUAUGUCAUUGGCACCUCCUCGGUGGCCCGAGCUUGGAGUGGAACGUUUGAUGACAUGAUAGGAGGACACAUCGAGGUUUUCUGUAAAACCUACUUCAGCAUGAACUCUCCCGGACUGGCUCCAUAUCCUGACUUCUUUGCCGUGUGCCUCAUCCUGCUGCUCUCCGGGCUCUUGUCCUUUGGAGUGAAGGAAUCAGCCUGGGUCAACAAGGUCUUCACGUCAAUCAACGUGCUUGUGCUCUUGUUUGUCAUCAUUUCUGGCUUCGUCAAAGGAGAUGCAUACAACUGGAAUAUAACCGAAGAAUCCCUUGUCAAUGUCACAAUAGUCACAAGGAACUUGUCGGUGACGGCUAACGUGAGCAGCGAUUACGGCGCUGGCGGCUUCAUGCCCUACGGCUUCAGCGGGACGCUAGCCGGAGCCGCCACCUGCUUCUACGCCUUCGUCGGAUUUGACUGCAUUGCGACAACAGGAGAAGAGGUGAAGAACCCCCAGAAGGCCAUUCCCAUCGGCAUUGUGGUGUCACUGACUGUGUGCUUCCUGGCAUACUUCGGGGUCUCCGCCGCACUCACCCUGAUGAUGCCCUAUUACCUGCUGGAUGAGAAGAGCCCGCUGCCCAUGGCCUUUGAAUACGUGGGCUGGGGACCUGCCAAAUAUGUGGUUGCUGUGGGCUCACUAUGUGCGCUUUCUACAAGCCUGUUGGGCUCCAUGUUCCCUCUUCCGCGCAUUCUCUUUGCCAUGGCACGAGAUGGUAUUCUGUUCAAAUUUAUGUCCAAAGUGAGUAAGCGGCAGUCGCCCGUGGCUGCCACCAUGGCAGCGGGUACCACAGCGGCCAUCAUGGCUUUCUUGUUCGACCUUAAAGCCCUGGUCGACAUGAUGUCUAUUGGCACUCUGCUGGCCUACUCCCUGGUGGCUGUUUGUGUGCUCCUUCUCAGGUACCAGCCAGAUGGAGCUCUGGAGAAGCAGCCAGAAAAAGGUGAGAAGGACUAUCUGUCCUCUGAAGAGUCCGAACUGACCGAGUCAGAGUCCCAUCUGAACAUGCUGAAGGGCGGCAACUCCACCCUUCAGACCGUCCUGCACCCGCCCCUCUCACCUUCUGAGAAGUCGUCCUCGGUGGUCAACAUGUCCAUUGGUCUGCUAGUGCUGAUAGUGUGCAUCACCAGCUAUCUCACCACCUACCAUUUUAAUUCAAUCAUUGGUUUGGAGGUGUGGAUUUUGGCGUCGCUGUCCGCGUGCCUCCUGAUCUUCAGCUUCUGUGUGUUCAUGGUCUGCAGGCAGCCUCAGACUACCAAGAAGGUCUCCUUCAUGGUACCCCUUCUGCCUUUCCUGCCUAUUCUCAGCAUUUUUGUCAAUAUUUACCUCAUGGUUCAGCUGAGUGGGGACACCUGGAUACGUUUCUCUGUCUGGAUGGCUGUAGGCUUCUUGAUCUACUUUGGUUAUGGCAUUUGGCACAGCGCCGAGCGACAGCGCCAAUGUCAGGGUGCGCAGAGCAGCAGCAACGCAAAGCAGCACAGCACGAAGACCAUCCGGGACAAGCAGGUCGAGAUGAACGCGGCAGGGAAGGAGCAGGAGUGCUUCAUCAGCCCAGAUAAAACCAGCCAGUGUUAAAGUUUACAAACUGUCUUACAGACUCCGAGAGGCAGCAAAUGCAAAAAAAAAAAGCACUCAGUGGCUUAAGCCUCGAUGCACCUGUACAUAUGGCUUCAACGUGUGUACAAAUGUCACUAGCACCUUCGCUCUGCAAACGCAGCGUCAGUAUUCCGUAUCAGUGGCCACAUGAUGAGGAGUUGCUCUGUGUCUGUGACUGGACCACAAAGCUGUAGUUCCCAUAGCGCUCUGUGGACAUCGGGGAGAGAAAUACAGGACAGGUAACACACUGGAGAGACACGUUCAUUUCUAAUAACAAGAAAGCAUUCGGUGCAGGACUGCAGCAAAGAUACAUGGUGUCCUGAAGGACUGGAGAUUCUGGUGCAUACAGCGCAUUUUUUUCUUCUUUAUAUAUAUAUAUAUAUAUAUAUAUAUAUA